UGUCGGCAAUGACGAUCGGAGGGAACGAGGGUUUGCCGACCAAUCGGAUUCCGGAGCGACGAGCUUUAGGGCGGAGCUUUGAGGUAUAGGAGAACCGACGCGCAGAACUUUUGGUCAAACGGCGUCUAGCCAUCGCUGGCGCAGCACCGUCUUCGCCAGGGCUCUUAAGACUCCCUCGAACGCUAAGAUCAACGCCAAAGAGAAUCAUCCUGCGAGACAAAAGAAAGUGAAAGUGACCUCGUCAAGCAAGAAACAAAAACAUUGUCGUACGAACGCCGUUUUUUUUUUUUUUUUUGGAGGGGAGUUUAGAAUUAAUCAUCGAACGUGAUCAUCAUUGUUAACGAGAUAAUCUUCUGGCGACUUCGUUUACGAAGUUGAUAUUCGCACAGAAGAUACAUCUUGUCAUGGAAUAAACGAAUCCGCGGAGCUUGCAAUUUUCUGUAACCGCAGAAAAAAAAAAAAACAAACUGCCAAGCAAUAUAAACUGCGAAUAAAGACAAAGAAUAAGGAGAAGAAAAUAAACCCGGAAUGAAGAUCUUUCGAUAAAAGCCAAGUCACGGUCGAGGCAUGAAUCCAUCCAUUAGCUACGAUAUCCCUCGAAGAGUUCGAGUUCAUUUUUGAAAAUCAUAACGACCGAUUCGCCGGAAGAAAAAAUCGAAAAAUUAUGCUGCACAGCACCUUGCCGCGGGCGUUCCUCACCCCGGGAUUGAAAUACCUGAGCGGCUAUUACGGGGAAGAUGUUGCUGCUUAUCCGGCUUCUUCGUAUCCGGUACCAUUCGACGAACAUUAUUCCUCGAGAGUCAGCGAACACCACGUGUUUCCCACGUGGCACACCGUCCACAGACCAGCAUCCCCGUGUCCGCUGGACUUGUCGUUGAAAACGUCCAACAAUAAAAUUGAUGAAAAUGCUUUCGACGAUUCGGAGACUUCCGAGUUACGACCGGAGACUCAUCAUCACCAUCCACACGAUGUUCGAAGAUACGUUUUGGCCGGUGAUGAUCGUGUAAUAAACGGAAAAAUCGACGAAGAUAUUAUCGAAACUGCUGCGAAUCAAGAUCAGCAAACACUGAUAUCGGAUAAAAGUCACCCAUCGAUCCGCGACAUUCGGAUUCCUCGGGUACCCCUCGAACCCGAUCGAGAUCUGGAUCGUCUGGAAAGCGAUCACGAAAUCGAUCAAGUCGUACGAGUUUAUCCCGAGGAGAAAGAUCUACAGGUACAACUGACCAGUCCCCGUUACAAUGUAUCCGGUGAGAAAAUCAUUCUCCACAGUCCAAAUCUGCACUCGCAAUCGCUACCUGGUUAUCCAUCUCAUCAUCAUCACCAUCAUCACCAGCUUCUGAUGACGCCGCAACAUCAUCUCCAAGGAAUUCACGCGCCAAUGACACCACCGAGCACACCGUCCCCGCCUCAGUGUCCGAGGAAAAGACGUAGAGAAGAACCCUCACCGGUAUCACCAACCGCUGGAGCAUCGGCUCCCGGUAGCACCGUGAGCGCGAAACAAUCGCAAUCAUCGGUAGCCGAAAAAGCACCCAGACAGAAGAAAAAACAUGCGAGGAGAUUGAAAUUUGACGAAGAUACGAGCAGUCCCGUGUCCGGUACGGUGAUCCUUGGUCCCGACGAAGCCGUUGUAACCGGGGACAUCGACCCGGCAUUCAACGUGGUCGAAGUUACGGAAGAAGCACGUGCCGAGUUGGCUAAAAUCGAAAACCGACUCGGUCCUUACCAAUGCAGACUGUGCCGUCAGUUGCACGACGACGCUUUCCAGCUGGCACAGCACAGGUGUUCCAGAAUAGCCCACGUGGAGUACCGCUGUCCGGAGUGCGACAAACGUUUUUCAUGUCCCGCUAAUCUCGCGUCGCACAGACGUUGGCACAAACCGCGGGUACCGCAACAACAAAGUGACAUCAACGUAUCCGGGGUGACGACGAACAACAGGACGACGCCGUCGUUGUCGUCGUCCUCGUCGUCGUCGUCGUCAACGAGUCCCGGCGCUACCGCGAAUUCGGAAUUUUCGUGCUCGAGAUGCGAAGCGAAAUUCAGCCGACAAGCCUCGUUGAGGAAGCACAUGACCAGUCAACAUUCCGAAACGAAUAACAAUGUCGUCGUCGUGAACAGCAACAGCGGAAGGAGCAGCGCGGGAAGUUGUACGAGCGUUUCCAGUCUACCGAAUACCAAUAACAUGGAACAAGUCCUGAAGCACGUCGGUGGACACCUUGGUCAUUCGCCGUUGACAGUCGAGAUGCCCUGACACCAAUUUCCCGCAAGACCCUUGCCCAGAAGACCCGGACCCUACUGGAGAUUCGGGCUUGAUUUGAUGUGAGGGGAUGAACGGAACGGGCAGGAGGAAAAAGAAAAAACGGAAAAAAAACGACCGGCAGGUUCGAGGGAGAGAGCUAUCGAGAUCCAGAAAUCUGUUGCGGGGUUUUUCACAAUUCGUAAGUACGAAUCGAAGCGAGGAAAACAAAUUUGAGAAAUCCAUUCAUGCAUGCUUUCGUAUAUCUAAAAUAUGAUGAUGAGGAAAAAUUGCUUUUUAUAACCAUCGAAUUGAAGGGUUGGGGAAAGAUUGAUUUUUAAAUCGUUGUACAGUGGAUACGAAGACAAAGAUACUGAUGAAAUUUGAAUCGCCAAUUUAAUCGUUUAACUGGUAUGUCGUAUAUAUGAUAAUAAUUAUUUGUAAAUGUGUAGAUAAAUGUUAGACGUAUAGCAGUCGCGGUGGGUCAGUAAUGAUUAAUGUAAAAAGGUAUACGCGUUGAUAAUUAUAGUGUACCAUGCAUAAUGAAUCGAACAUAUUUAUACCAUGUAUUUGAUGUAUGUUGAAGCGACUAGUUCGCAUAUAUAUAGAAAAUCCAAUAUCGAAGGACAGCAUUACGCAAUCAACUUGGCGAAUCAAUAACGAUUACAGUUACCUCGAAUUAUUAUAUCAAUCGUAGUAAGAUUUAUCUGUAACAAUUCGUAGAAAUAGUAUAAUAGUAAUAAUGACGAGAAGAACAACAGUGACGAUAAUAAUGACAAAUUUCGCCUUUUCAGUUGGAACUGCGAAAUUAUAAUAUCAUUAAAAUUCAUCGUAUCAAUUAAUUGCAAUGAAUUUUACGGUCAUACAGCUAAAGAUAUCAAAGAUAAUUAAGGCAGUCGGAGUGAUUCUAGUCGUAGUAGAUUAAAUAAAGAAGUCAAACUAUCUAGUCGUAUUCUGGUCUUUGAAAUUUUGUAAAUAAAUUACAGAGUGUAGAUUCUAAUCGAACGUUACAGAGGUAGAGAUAAUUUGAAAAGAAAAAAAGUCGAGCAAAAAGUCAAUAAAUUAAUCUAGUCAUAUUUUUAUCAAAUUUCUAGUUAACGAUUCUAGUCAGCGAAAUAGAUAUUAUAAUUAACCGUGCGGUAGUUUUUCAACUUCCACUUUCUAGUCAGCAACCUAAAAAAACAGAAGAGAGAACGAAAACACUAUGAGCAUAGAAUCUAUGCUUUUAGUGAUCUAUCUGAAUUUUAAUUACAGCCAAUAAUUAUCAAAUUAAUUGUUACAAUUCCUAGUCAAAAAAAAUCUAGUCAAUAAAAUGGAUUUUGAAUUAUCAAAUAAUCGAAAUCCUUCAUAUCAGUCAUCGCAACGCGAGCAAUCAACUUCUAGUCCGAUGGUCUAAGUCACGAAUAUAACAUAUAAUUGAAAUGAAUAUAAAUGUGCAGUAGUAAUUAAUAAGUAAAACUAAUACCUACGUAAACUUAUCUAAUUAUUGGAAAUCUCUAGUCCGACUAAUCUAGUCCAUAGAAGAAAAAAUAAAUAAAUAAAUAAAUAGAUAUCCUGUCGUCAAUCUAUACUUAUAUCGAGUCAUGAAGGGAAAAAAAAUCUAGUCGUUACACACCUAAUUGAAUUAAUAAUUUAAAAUUAAUUCCAGCAAGUUAACAUUUUGGGGUAAUGCAAUUAGAUUGUGAAUAUUUAAUAUUAAGAUUCUUAACUCGUAUGUUCUUAUAUACAUAGCGAUUAGUUCCUAAGGUGGAGAUAUUAUUUAACAUCGUCGAUAAUUUUUCCAGCUCCAAAAAGGCAUUAAUAAAAUUCUUUCUAAUUAUUUAAUUUAUAUAGGUGCUGACCCACCGCAAGUAGCUACAUAUUCAAGCAAUUUUUCAAUCAUUAAUAUCGAACGAAUCUGUACGUAAAAAUAUUAACCAUUCUUCGACGAAAGCAGCGUAAAGAUUGAAAACGAUUCGAUUCGACUUCUCACCUGUGUAUAUAGGAUUUAAAAUUAAUAAAAUAAAAAAAUCACGACAGAAGCAAAAGGAAAUAUAUACUAUGUAUCGAAGAAACGAACGAUUGUAAAAGGUAUACGAAAUAUUUGUAGAUAUACCACUAGACUACAUGUAUAAAUGUAAAAUAAAAGAAGAACUAUAGGUAUCUAUGCUGCAGCACUUGAGACUCUAGGAAGUAAGUUUUUCCCCAUAUCAUGAACGAAUAAAUGAAUAAUUGUCAAUACUACAUUUAAUCAAAUUGUAAUUAGACAAACUCAUCAGACGAAAGCCGAUCAUAUGUAAAUAGGUAUAUUUGAUUUCAUAAAUAAAGAAUACUUCAAAAUU